GAUGCUGAGGCUGUCACCGUCUAGAGAGAUUCACAUUCACACGGACUGUGAUGCGAGCGAGCCCGACGAGAUGGAGACUUUCAUCCAUCUAACCUGCAUCUGAUCGAUCUUGGGAGUCAAGCCAAGAUGUGACCGUCACGGCGCAUCAUAGUUUGGAUCUGUCCUUUACAACACUUGUUUCUAUAGCAACAGAAAUAUCAGAGAUUCCUGAAAAGUCCCAUUCCCACAAUGCAGUCCUCCAGCUGCUCCUCUCAGCCUCCAAAGCCGCGGCGCUUUGACGUCAGCAGGCGGACCAAUACCGUAGCUGGACCAAAGUCUCAAGGCCCUGGUUUCCAGAGGGAGGAUAAAAACAUGAACACGAUGACCACGUCCUCCCCACGCCGGCCUACCAAAGCUCCCCCUGCACCCACCAGGACCAGGGUGGCAGUGCAGCCUCGAGCACCAGUAACCCAGUCCAGGUUUGGCUCACAGAAACAAGGCUCCACCUUCUCCAAAUCAGUUAUGCCCAAACCCAAGAGUGCUCGUGCAUCUGCGGCAGCCAAAAUUGCACCAGCAGCCGCACUACCUCCGCUUCCCUCCGUUCUCCCUCUUGACCCGAACUGCAACGAGCCGAGCCUCCCGUGUCUGUGCUGCGAUGGCCGCUCCCCGCAGGACAAUAACAGCAUGUUCAACCAUAACCACAACAACAACAACACCAUCUCUAUCAGACAGCAACUGCAGCUACCCCCACCUCCGGCCCCGUUGCCCCAGAGGCAGGAUGGGAAAGGGACCAAGGAGAAGCCUCAGCCUCCUGCCAAAGCACAGGCCCAGCUGGAGGCCUCUGCCCGCCCUGCUGCCAGUCUGGAAAAUGAAGGCAAGAAUGCAGCCGCAAGCGCUAAUCUGGACAACAAGAAAAAUGUAAAAGUAGAGGAAGAAGAUGACGAGGAAGAGAGCAGUGGGGAUUUUGAUAUCGAUGAUGUUGAAGAGGCUGACAAUGAUGACGACGACGACGAUGAUGACACCCUGGUCCCCUCAUGCUGUGACUGUCCUCCCUCCCUCCUGGAGUUUUCACUCUCCUCCUCUACCUCGUCAUCCUCCACUUCUAUCAGCUCCUGCUCUGAUCUGGAUUCUGACUGUGCAGAUCAAUCCGCCUCCAUCUGCUCUUCUCACGACCAAGAUAAUCUGACAGUUGCUCUGUCCCCCAAAGGCCGCUCUCACCCACGAGCCCCUGAAUGCAAACCUCCUGCGCGUUCACCCCCAUCCCUUCCUCUUAGCUGCAAUCCCUUCGUCUUAACACCACAUUCCCCAAUGUCCCCUUGCUCCCCAGAUGAGGGCUACCCCUCUGCCCUGGACUCCCCUUCUCCUGACUACUUAGGGGCCAAAGGUGAUUCUGAGGUCACCAAACAAGGUUUGCUUGACUUUCUAGAAUCUGUUGGUGAGUUUGGGAAAAUGGAGCGCUUCAGCCAGGUGAUCCAAGUGGCUCGUUGGGAUCUGGAGGAGGAACAACACUGGGAUGUUCUGAGGGAUCGGCUAGAUCACCUGGAUCGCUUGGAGAAGGUGAACCGGGAAGUAAAACUGGCCUACAUCGCCAAACUCCACGAGGAGGGAUUUGAUCUUGGAGAUCUGGAGGAGCAGGAUCUCUCAGAUGUCAUGGAUGAAAUGGGAAACAUCGACAUUCCCUGGAAGUUGUAUAAAAGUGGCCGAGGAGCGAUGGGAGACUCUCAGGAGUUUUCAGAUGCAGGGGUUGACCUCACUGCUCCAUCAGACUGUGAGGAUCCUCUCGUUCCUGAUUCCCUCACCCCUUCUCCUGUCGAGCUGCCACCGAGACCCCCCAAACCUCCAGCGCGUCAUGCCAGCGUGAGCUCUGACCUCCACACCUACAUCAAUAUCAGUAGGGAGACCACGUCCAUGGCUGUGUCCACCUCUCCUACAUUGUCUACUUUCUCCCCUAACUCCUCAUCCCCCACUUUCACAACUUUUAGGUGUGAGAAACCCCUACCUCCAUCUCCUCCCUCCAUCCCUCCUCUUCCCACCUCUAAACUGGUCCCUUACCUCACCCUGUAUACCACCCCAUCUCCACCUCCAUCUAUCCCCACCCCAACUCCUCCCAUCCCUCCCCCUCGGAAGCGUCACCUUGCCAGGAAAGAGGCACAGCGGCUCGCUGCUCUCCAAACCGAACAGGAAAAGACCCCCCUUUCCCUUCCUCCUCCCACCACACGUCCCCCACCUCUGCCUCCUCCACCAGUUAUCUCAAUCUCCUCCUCAUCUCCCCCUGCAAUACCAACUCCACCUGCCCUGCCUCCUCCCCCCUCCUUCCAUGCACUGGAUGUAGAGAUUCGGAAGCUAUUAGUGCUUGCUGGAUUGACCCAAGCUGAGCUCCUCAAACUCAGCCCAGAACUUGGUGUUUGUGUUGGAGGGUUUGAGGAGGAUGAGGUUGAUGGAGAUCACGUUAUCUCGCUCAGGUCUGGGGAGCUACAUGAGUUCAGACUAAAAGAUCAGAAUGAGAUGAAGGACUGUGACACAGAGUUGAUGGCCAGAGACAGAUGGAGAAGCAGAGGCAAGAUGGAUGGAGAUCGAAGAGCGGAUAUAGCUGAAGAUGGCAAAACAAAUGAGGAGAGCACACAAAGAACCACCUCGUUCACUGAUAUGGCAAGGAGAAGGAAGAGAAGCAGUGGUCUGACCUCUGACCCUUACUACAGCACUGGUUUUAGCAAUACACAGGAAACCAAAACAAAGAAUAUUGGCUUUGAGUCUUUCCGGUAUCCUGCCGAGGUGCUAGAUUCACCUCCUCCUCCUCCUCCUCCUCGCCCCUUACCCCCAAUCCCACCAUCUGUGCCACACCACAAAAUCAGCACUCUCAAGGCUAACUCUGCACAGCCUGAGCGAUUUGAUUGGCUCAUAGCAUUCACACCUGACCCUGAAGCCCUACUACAGCAUCCAACCCUGGCAGUGAGAAAAUCUCUUGUGGAAAAUCAAAAGAAGCUCAGUUCUUCAGGGUCAUCUCCAGGGUUAGCGCCAAAAGUCACGACUUUUAAAGAGCUGCGUUACCGCAACAAGAGCACCUUCCUCCAAACAAAGGUGAUCACUGAUCCAGACCCUGACCCAACAGUUAUUACUCCAGAUGCAGAUAUACUGUACAACCUGAGGUGGAGAAGAGAGAUGGCAGGCGGCGACGGCAACCAAUGGGAGUACACUUCUCAGGCUCAGGCCUUUUUUAUGCAGCCGCCACCGGCCCUCACCUCAAUGGCCGCUCUGAAGGAAAUGCUCCAGAGAGCUGACGAGGAGGGUAGACAACCGGAGCUGUGCCCAUCACAGAAGAUUGGCUGCUCAGUCAGCGACAGCAGCCUGUGGACCAUGGGCAGAGAGUGGGAGGGUGAAGAAGUUAAGAGGGAUGAAAAUGAAAGGAAAGAAGAAGAGGAGGUGGAGGUGGAGAAGGUGGAGGUGGAGGUGAGAGGACGAGCCGAUGGCGGAAGGACUUUAGAAACAAGAACUACAGUUUCCUCCCCACCACUGUCCCUCGCCCAGUUCUCCCAACCCUAUUUCCUCCACACCGCCCUCCCUACCUAUCAUCCAGGCUACUGUAACUCCCAGCCCUUUGCAGAUCCCAGACCCCGCAGUCAUGCAGGCAGGGAGUCCACAGACAAACACUGUAACACACAGUGGGCCCCUGCUGCCGGCUCAGCUUGUAUCCACAGAGAUGAUUCCAGCCCUGAUAUAAACUCUGGCUAUGAAUCUCUGGAAGAUUUUGGUGCAGACUCUCCUUGUGAUUAUGGGAAGAUGUUUAACACACCCAGGGUUCUUACGUCUGACUCUAUCUGUAAUUUCGACUCUCUAUACCGCAGUGACUCAGACACACACACUAAGUCAGACACACCUGUUAGUGGCACCGCAGAGGCUCCUGGUUGCACGACCCCAUAUAAGAACAUAGAUGUCAUGAUGACGUAUUCAAACAGUGUCAGUACUAUGGACUCGCUGUAUUCACAAAAGCGCACAAACUCGUGCACGGAUCACAACAGCAACAAGGCCAGGGCAUCUAAGGAGCUUCCUCCUCUUCCUACGUAUUACUUGUACCACCCAAAAAACUGCCCUCUGCACAGGGGUGCCCCUCCCCGCCUCUCCCCUAUCGGCGCCCUCUCCCCUCCCCAGCGCCCCGGUGCGCCCCCCCCAGGCGUAGCAGGCUCCUACCUCAGCUCCCCGCUUUUCCCCCGCUCUCACACCUUGCCUGCCCUCGCUGCUCCCCUCUACUAUCCAAACCUCUACCCUCCUAUACCGCCAAGGGCGCCCGCCCUACCCCCAAAACUCUACCAGGCUCCUCCGCAGUCACGCGUGGCGAUGUCUCUCAGACUUUUGUCACUUUCUCGACCCGGGGGAUUUGCAGAUUUGAAAGAACUAGCUGUUCGCAGUGUCUCAUUCGCUGGCUCUGUCCAGAGGACAGAUAAAUCCUGGAUGGGUGAAGAUGUGAAGCAUCCAAUGAGAGGUCUGGGCCUGUCCGCUCUGUGCCUGCAGGACAAAAAAGCUCUGGUCAGUGCGGUCAGUAUGGCAGUGGAAGCCAUCUUGGCCCAGUUCAGCUCUUCUCGCACUGUAGUUCAGAAGUCUCUCUCAGUUAACAAGGCCUUAUCAGGAGACAGCACUAUAAAUCCAUCUCUGGGCCGUCUGGUGCUGCAGUGUCUCUGCCCUGCCCUGCACAGCUUGCUGACCGAUGGCUUGAAACCUCACCAGAGUGACCUGAUUGCAGGCAGGAGGCCAAAUUCAGCCUGGGGUCUGGUCCAGGCCUCAACCAGGCCAGGUCCUAAAUCUCAAGCGUUGUUCAACCUACAAGUCCGUGUUGGAGAGCUGCCUCAGCUCAGACAGAGCAAACACAGGUUCAACGCAUUCCUCCUUGGUCUACUGAAUACCAAGCUUCUGGAUUUCUGGCUAUCUCACCUUCAGUCUUGCAGUGACGUGCUAGAGACAUAUUACCGGCCCUCUUCCUUUAUGCAUCUGUCGCUGACUGCCUGCCAGCCUCUGUUUGAGGAGCUGCUCCUCGUGUUGCAGCCUCUCAGCCUGCUGACCUUCAACCUCGACCUGCUCUUCCAGCACCACCAUUUAGAGCCAGACAGUCCCACUCCAGAGAUCCCCAGUCCACCUUCACAGGAUGCUGGAUCCCAGCGGUCAACAGAGGGGUCCAAAUCCAAAAUCACAAGCUGCAAAUAUAUUGAAAGCCUCUCAGAAGUAGACUUUGGAAGCCCAGAAUAUCGGGCAGCCAAAGAGAAAUUGUCACCGUUGAGCAAUCCAAAGAAUGGAGUACCAGGGGAGUCAACACAUAGCAGCGCUGCACCCAUAAAAGCUUCGGUCACUCAGACAAGUCCUCAGCUGUUGUGGGUGCAGGAGAAGGAUAUUGGAGACUUCCCUCUUCCUAAUGCUGAGGACAGCCUCGCUCAGCAGGCAGGACAGGUGAUCCAGCAGGGAUGGGGGGCUGUGAUGCGCUGGGGAGGCAGACUGAGCCACAACCUGUCUGAGCCGAACCUGAAAAAGGAGGAGGUAAAGACGGAUCUGCCGGACCUCCAGGCCCAAGCAGGAAGUGACUUUGCUGCGGUCAGCAGUGGGGCUCAGGUUCCCUGGGGUUUGGGGCGGCUCUUUGGAGCCUCUAAAAGCCUCAACAGCCCACCAGGUCACACGCCACCAACCAGGCGUCCCUCUCAGUGGCUGGCUCCUGGUGUCACUGCGCUGACACGAAUGGUGAGCAGCAACUCCACUCCGAUAAUAAGGAGGGGCCCAGAGCCCCAGGGAGAAAAUGAACCAGAGUCAGAGAAGGAGGUUGACACACUGGAGAUGAAGGACAAACCCAGACCGCUCAGGUCCGUACGAACGCUGUGUGACCACUCUGGAACAGGUUCGGAGCUUAGCUUCUGCAAAGGGGAGAAACUGGUGGUGUUAGGAGGAGUCGAUCAGGACUGGAUUCGCUGUCUUCAGGGAGACAAGGAGGGACUGGUACCUAUUGGCUACACCUCCCUCAUCAUGUGACUUCGGUACCAUAACUGCUGCACUCAAUCAAUAAAAAAUAAAAAAAAUGAAUAUAUAUAAAUAUAUAUAUUUAGGCGAGUGUUAUGGUGAGGCUUCACUACUCUAAAAGGGAUAUUUCAUGCUUGCUCGGUUUGAGUUGAGUGUAUAACACCAUCUGUUCUGCUUUACAUGCAUCAGGAGCAGUCUGCAGCCCACUCCCUUUAUGAACAUAUGGGAGGGUUUUUUUCCCCAUCACAAUCCAUCCAGUUUGGUAGCAUUAAACUAAUGGAUGUUGGCAGCAGGAAUGCAGCAGAUGCUGUGAAAUAAUGACUCAAGUCAAACUUAAAUCAUUUCAUACCUUGAUCUUGGGGUGAAGUAUCCCUUUAAAAUGUUCUUUUCUCAAUGUCUGCAUUCCUUGUCAGCCACUGAUCUGAAAAUGAUCUCAGGGUAACUUUUGCCCGAUCAACAACUUGCAGAUGUGAGUGCUUUCAGAUCAGAGGCUGCCUGUCAUGAGGAGGCGACAGUCAUAUUUGGUGCCUGGUGGUAGCCACGUUGAUAUCUCUCGCCGUCAGCUGUAGAGAGUCGUGGCUCGCAGGUUGUCGAAUGGAGAAAGGAUGUGAGAGUACUGGGCCGUAGCUCCUGUUGCAUACUGCGUAGUAAUGUAGUGAAUUGUAGCUGUGUAGAUCUGUGUUCUAUUGACCUUUCACCCCUAUUGACCUCUCACCUUUAUCGCCUGGUUCAUGUGUGUUUGACAUGUUUCUGCUACUAUAUUUGACUGUAUAAAUAUACAUAAAAAAAAAUAUAUAUAGGUAUAUAAAUUGAGAUUGAUAUUACCAAGAUAGAUAGAAAGAUAGAUGAACAAGAGAAAGCAGAUGGUAAAACACGAGCAGCAGCUUAAUACUGUGGCCACAUUGAGGAAGUGGAUGAUUGAAAAUGAAUGGAUUCAUUCUAAAUCUUUACAUCUGCAACUUUACACACACAUUAAGUGGUUAUCAUCCAUGCAAAAAAAAAAAAAGUGUUUAAGUAUGAAAUCCAGUAUCUUCCCUCCUGUUUGCUUCAUGUAUUGCUAUUGUCUUGACAUCAUAUUCAUACAAUUAUUAGAUUUAUCCUCAUACCUUUAACACUGUAUGCAUUGUAAUGUGCCAUGAAUGCUUUGAAUGAAUGCCAAAAAAUAUCAAUCUAUCCAUCUAUCCAUCCCACACAGUUAUAGAAGAUAAUAUCAGACAAAAGCAAUCUGGAGCUCAUCUCUCAACUCGUCCAAAACCUCAAGAGGCCAACACGUGUCAGAGUAAACACCUCACACAACUAUGCUCAACUCUUGUUCAACACUAUCUGACCUUAAACUUAAUGCAGUGAGAAAAUCCCAGAGGUAUUUAUGAAGUAUUCAUAAAUGCUACUGUAAAGUCCGUAGGUUUGGUGGCUGGUCUCCACCUCAUACCUCCGCUGUUGUAUUUAUCUUACCCCUUCCCGCCAUGUUUGCUCAUCAUAAUCAUUGAUAUUAAUGAUAGUGGUAGUGGUGGAAGUGAUAUGUUGAUUCUAACCCCAUUGCUUUAUGUCAUAUAUUUAUUAGUUAUUGUCUAGAUUCUGUAUUGAUGACUAUGCAUAUGGUUAAAUGUACAACUAACAGCCUUUUUGUUUGUUUUAAACUCAAAGUUUUGAUUUGAUGUUGGCACAUGAAGCCUAAAAAAAUCGCUUAGAUAGUUAAAGUUAAUAUGAAAGAGAUGGAUUUUAACUGGUCAGGAAAGGCUGACACUAAAGGACCUCCAUUUAAUACAGCAGGAAAGUUUCAUUGCUCUUGAUCAAUCAGGGAAAGCUCAGUUCUUCAAAGUUUCCUCGUUUUAUUGUGUCAAUGCCAUGUAGCAUGACAUUACAGUCACGAUGGCAACUGUCCAGUAGCAUUUAAUCUAACCAGUGCUCAUAACCUAUGAUCACAAUAAAAUGCCAUCAAAUGGAUAACACCUAGGUGUUUACAAGAAAUAAUGUCUCGAUAAAGAUGAAAUAUCAGUUGACACAUUCAAUUCUGUUUAUAUUUUUUGGUUUGUUUAUUUGUGAGAUUCUGGUCUAAAUGCAUUUGUUUGAAAUCUGUUAAUUUAUUGGAUGUACUAUUUAUAGAUCAUGAGGUUUCUGAAAGGAAUAGCUCUAUCUGACCCAUCUAAUGUCUCUCUAUCUAUCUGGGUCUUGUGCGCGUGUGUGUGUGUGUGUGUGUGUGCAUGAGAGAGAGAGAGAGAGAGAGUGCAUACAUGGCAGCGUGUUUGGCAGUGAAAGCAGAGAUGAGUGUGAGCACAUCGGUGUGUCUGCACAUCCUGCACUUUCACUGCGUGUGUGCGUGCGUGUGUGCGGCUGCUUGCGUGUAACAUUGAGAUGUACCUCCCUCUCCUCCUCUUUCUCUCUCUGGUGUCAUGUAGCCUGUAGACAUCCCUGUGUCCUACUAUUGCAUAUAGUUCAGUGCCCCUCUAGUGUCAGUCACUGUCAACCUCCUGCAUGUGCUUGUUUGUAAAUACACCAAAUAAAAUGAUCAGUAUAAACCAAA